GGGGCGGGGCGCGGCGGUCGCGGAGCGUUGUCGGUCAGUGCCUUACGUGGAGUAGCUCGUGGGGUCGCUGGGCCCUGUAGACCUGUGGGCGGGCGAGCGAGCCGGCGGACAAGACUGCGGGUGAGGCUGAGCUAGCGAGCGGCCGGCAGGGGGGGCGCCCGGGCUGCGAGCCGCUGAGCCCAGCCGCGCUGCCGCCGCCGGCCGUAGUAGGGCCGGAAUGGCGCAAGGCCGGAGUGGUGUUACCGCUCGGCGCCUGGCUGCCGGGUAGCGUCCCGUCCCCGCCCCUCGCCUUGCGGCCUGACGCCGGCAGCUGCUGCCCGGGGACCGGAGCGGCGGGUCGCCUUUGCCCAGGACACACGCUCUGGCGUUUGUUCCUUGGGGCGUGACGCCAGCUUCAACGGGUACCCGGCUUUCCCGACGGGUGCUGAUCUCCGAGUCGCUGUUGUCACGCGGUCUGCUGUGCUCCAGCUUCAGGCCCGUGGGUCUGGGGAGCCCGGAUUGGUCUUGGAGGAGCAACGGCUGCGCAGGUGACUCGGUGGCCUCAAGUGUGUACAAAACUCAAAACAUGAACAACAAUAUAUAUUACCAGUCUUCAAACCUGAUUUGGCUAGAACUGGAAUACAGUUGCCUACGACAUAUUUUAGAAGAACUAGAAAAGUCAAAGUAAUGGAUAACAGAAAAGAACCUCCAUUCUUCAAUGAUGAUAACAUGGGACCAUAUUACUACAGACUUCAUUUCUAUGAUACCAUGGAGCUCUUCAUUGAAACAUUAACUGGAACAUGUUUUGAGCUGAGAGUUUCACCUUUUGAAACUAUUAUUUCUGUGAAAGCAAAAAUUCGAAGAUUGGAAGGUAUUCCCAUCUGUCGACAGCACUUAAUUUGGAAUAACAUGGAACUUGAAAAUGAUUAUCGCUUGAAUGAUUACAACAUUUCAGAAGGGUGUACCUUAAAGCUAGUUUUGGCUAUUCGUGGCGGACCUAUAAAUACUAGAAGAGUUCCUACAGAAGAUCCACUUAGGAAGAUGGCAGAGUACUUGGAUUCCAGUCGAGUUGAGGUCUGGGAGAAGACCUCCUGCAACAAACAAGUUACAUUUUUGGUGUACCGAGAAGGAGAUCAAUUGAAUUUCCUUCCUGCAGUAGAUAGGGGAAAUGGCACUUUAACACCGUUAUCUGACUCUUCAAAGAAAAUAGGUUUUCAUUUGCAUGUCUUACGGAGAAAAGGAGAACAUCGUAUGAGUGGUGGUUCUAUGUAUAAUUCGGAUACAGAUGAGGAUGAAGAAACUGAGCCUUCUUCUGGGCAACAGAUAAUUGAAAAUUCAAUAACUAUGAAUAAGAUGAAGCUGCUAAAGGCUAAGAUGAAGAAUAUGAAUCUCAGCAAAAAGCCUAAGAAAGCUGUCAAGAUAAAACCUCACCCACCUAUAGCUCCUCGACCUUCUAGUGGUUCCACUGCACCAUCUCGCCACCGAUUGGUAAGGGUCCUCCCCAACAUUGGUCAAUCUUGUUUACCUGCUUUUGGGAAUGCAUAUCUGCCCGAAAUCUCUAGGAAUGGAGUUUCAAGUUUGGCAACUCAACUCCCUGCUGAGAGAUCCAUGUCUUCUAUCACUGGUGAAUUUCUUAAGGAAAAUAAUAGCUGGGAGAAUAACACACUGUCUCACUCCAGUAGCAAUGUCAAACUACCUCCUCAGAUACCCAAUUUGGAGUUGGGAAAUGACCAGGAGCUUGCUGACUCUGUUCUCCAUCUUGGAUCAUCCUUGCCUAGGCAGACAAAACACUUUUUAGGAAACUUGCCAUCUAGUAAUGAGGACACUGUCUUACCUUCAGAAGAAUGUGUAAUCGAAGAAUCACUUCUACCUGAAGUGGGCUCACUGGCUUCAUUUGCAGAUAGAAAUGCUGAUGAGCAGAGCAGCGGCUUAGAAGAUGCAUGCAAAGUGAAUCCGGAGUUGUUACUUACUAAUGCUGACAAAGGGUUGAAAGCUCCAGAGCAGCAUCUUAAGCAUGUUGCGGGAGUGCUGAGUGGGGAAUCAGUAGAGACUUCAGUUCUUAACUACCGCGAAUUAAGUCCUCACAAGAAUAGACUCUUGUCACCUCUUCGCUGUUCUGCACCAAUGUCGCUACAUAAUUCUCUGGUGAAACCACAGAGACAGUCCAAAUGUUUUGAGUUACUACAGCCUUCUUCUCGGUCACUGGAUGUUCAAAACCUAACUGAUUGUUCUUCCUCUAGGACCCCUCGCUUUCAAGGGGUUAAAGUUGAUUCACCUGGGAAAAGAUCUGAUGUUAUUUCCAAAGUUGAGGCUCGGGAUAUCACAGAAAUGGCUAACAAGGCUUCCAAAGAACCUGUCGAUUGUGUAAAUAAUAUCAGUUUUCUUGCUUCACUGGCCCGGAGCACAAGCAGAGAUAGAUUACAGAGCACACGUGGGGCAGGCAGGCUUCAGACCUCUGGAAUUGGGCUGUCUACAAACCUCCAGCAUUUUCAGGAAGAAAACCUUAGGAAAAGUUCUCCCCAGUUAGAACAUCCAGAAGUUUUUUUGUCUGCCCAUGGUGUUGGAAUGAAUGGAAAUAAUGCAGCAACAGGGAAAAGCGUAGGUAAGCUACAGAUAAUUUUGAAAACAAUAUAAGGCUGAUAAUUACUAAUUAUGCAUCCGGUUGAAUUUUCAAAGAGAAAUGGGAAGAACCUUCUCUGUGGCAUGUAAAGAGUAAAUUCUCUCCCUAAAUGUUUUUUCCAAUUAAGAAAAUAAUUAUGAGAAUGGACUGUAGGACACACAUAAAGAGCAAAACAAAAAUUGAAAUGGAAAUAUCUUGUCUUGGAAGAGGUGUUAUCUAUGUCAAAAAACCCACAAGAUUACUGAAGAAUGAACAUGUAGUUCCCAACCACCUUAGUUACUGGCCACUCUAGAGCCAUGUGGGUUUUGAAGAAUUACCCUAGAAAGAUGUCUUUCAACAUCAUGGCCAAACAUCAGAGGUGGUGGUAAGAAUCUCUUUUUGAUGAUCUGGUCAUUUCUGGAUAAAAGAAAGGGACCAUCUCUAGGGCCAUCCCUUUCCAUGGCAUACUAGUAGAAGUGACUAUAACAUUAGCACUUCUUUCUACCAACAUAGAAAAACAUUAAAGAUGCACUGGCUAGUCCUUAUUUUCAAGGAGGAAGGAAGCCAUCUUUUUAAAUGUUUUAAUAUCCAGACCAGGGAUGGGAAACUCGUUACCAAAGAUGUGCCACCUUUGUAGCCCCAAGGGUUUAAAAGAUAUUUGUUAUGGUUGUCAUGUGAGUUUUAUGUUUUUAUUGAAGACAUUUAGGGUUUGUUUUUCAUUCCUAUGUAAGGCCCAAGAUUAUAAAGUCAUAAUCUAUUUGCAUAUUUUUUCAAUUCUUUUGUACUAUGGUAAAAUAAACGUAACAUAAAUUUUACUGUCAUAA